CGCUGGGGAUGGUCCCGGGCUGAGUGUCCACCAUGAGCCCGGCAGAGAGACGCCUGCUCCGCACUUGACGCAAACCCGUCCGAACUUAAACCGGCUCCGUCGCAGCUUCGUGGGGUGACAUUUUUCGCACAUUUUAGCCGCCCCAGACGACAGACGCCUCCUCCUUGAAGGACGAAUGACACCGGCUCACCUCAUGAUUUCAUCCUGCUAAAAGCGCUUGCGAGUCACAACAGUUUCUUCAUGGCGUCUCCACAACAGUCAAGAAUUCAGUCGUACCUGGAAAAGAAUAAAAUCGGACCCUUGUUUGAGGAGUUGAUGACCAAAUUGAUAACUGAGACUCCAGACCAUCCAAUCCCUUUUCUCAUUGAUCACCUGCAGACCAAGCAAGACAGCCCUGGCAAACUGCACAGAGCUCUCUCUGGCUCCGCAGCAUUGUGGGCUCAAAGCUCUCCAGAAAACAAAAACACUCGCAGGGAGUACAGCAACUAUGAGAAGCCAUGGCAAAUUCACCCGAAGAAACCGAAGAAAUCCAAGAGCGACCUGGCUGUGUCAAGUAUUUCUCCUCCAUCCCCAGAGUCAAAGUCUUUGCCUCGAUCAAUCGAAUGCCCCUCCUGGGACUGGAGGGAGAGCCGCGACUUUGAUGAGCUCAACCACAUUUUGCAGGAGAGCAAGAAGCUGGGCAAGGCCCUGGAGAGCCUGUCACGCAGUAUCGCCAUCUCUGAUGAGCUUGACCAGAACUUGGGAGGAUACAACUCUGUGUUGCGUCCUCGGGUGGUGGGGGAGUGGAUUGGCCGAGAGGAGGAGGAUGCUGACCCACUAGCUGCAGAGAUGCUGCAUCCACCCAUACCACGGAGCAAAAACGAUGUGUGUUGGAGUGAUGACAGCAGCCCUGCUGGGAGCCUCAAGAUGGAAACAAAGAGUAAAGGUUUAAAAGAGCAGCAGCAGCAUCACAAGAAACUGCUGGCGGCCAUGUUGUCCCAGGACUCCUUUGAUUCGGUCAACAGCCCCGCCCUCUCCAUCGCAGAGGAAGAGAUAGAGGAUGAAGACGAUGCCAUGGAGCUUCUGGAGGACCUCGAUGACCUGCGGAUGGAAGGUGUGACUGGACUAGCUCCAUCCGGCAGCAAGUUCAGCCAGGGACGCAGCUCCUAUCAGCCCGAACCGCAGGCCAAAGUUACACUCAACAUCUGCUCUAGGUGUGCCAGGCUGCAGGGGGACAGUUUAUCGGACACCAAAUCUGAUGAGGAACACCGGCCUCACAUAUCAGAACAAGCCGUACCUGACAUCUCCUCCCCAUUGCCUGGGGUGGACAUAGCGGCGGGACGAGUGCUGGAAUGUGAGGCCUUGUCUCAAGUGUCGAGCUCGCGUCAGGCUGUCUGGGAGGCUGAUCUGAAGGCUGUGAGAGGUGGGAGUUCUGUGGGGCAGACGGGCCUGCUACUGGGCGACUCCCUCUUUUCUAAAGAGCUGGAGAACAUGGGCAAACAGCUCGCUGAGGUUGAGAAGGACCUGGCGAAGUUGGCAGAAGUAGGAAAAAUGACCACCCGGAGCUCCAAUAAUCCACACAGUAGCUUGUUCAACACCCCCCUGCGCCACCGAACCCUUCCUGACACACUUCCUCUCCCCAGCCUGAUUUCUAGACCCCAGUCUCCAGCUGGAAGCCUCUCAUCCAAACCCUGUGGCGUGGGCCUCCCUUUGCUAAGCCCCAAGCCCACCUCCCUGGUAAUGGGUCGGACUCAGUCUCCCAGUAACCCUGGGAGCAGGACUCAAACCCCCAGAACACCCAGCAGGCCCCUUACCCCUAAUAGUUUACUGACACGCUCCACCUUUAACACUGGGUCUCAUAAAGAGGUGACUUUCAGGAGAUCACGGAGCCGCCCUGUGACACCCACCCACAGUCAGCCCACACACCCACGGCCGCUGCUCACCCCUCCUGGACUAAGCACUACAGACAGCCUCGGUGCCAGCCUACGGGCUUAUCUGUCUGAGGAUGAGUUUUACCAGCAGUUGCAGGCUAUUAGACAGCCUUGGCAUAUUCCCAGUGACACAGACAGUGACAUCCUGGAGCCUCCAGAACAGGACAAAAGUGGUGCACGAGAUGCCAAUAAGAGAUCAGUGUUUUCAGGAUUAUAGUGACGAAGACCAGAGACAUAGAUCCAAUCAAACUAUUAUGCAAACCACUGGACAUUUUGAAUAUAUGUACAGAGACAAUUAUUUUUAUAAUUAAUAUGAAUGAAAAAAAGAUUGUAUACUUUUUCACAGAUAUUUCAUAGACAUUAUACUGUAACUGUAUGAUAUAAUGUGAAAAUAGUAUGGGAUAUAAUAUUUAUUUUUGUUUGCUUUAUAGCAUGCUAUUGAACUUCCAUUUGGAGUCCAGAGACAGAUGCAUUUUGUUGUUGACAGACUCUUUUUCUAGGUCUAGUAAAUAAUUCCAUUGUGAGGGCAGCACAUCUACCAUAUGUUAAGAAGCAGUUUCUUGACUUGCACUGUUACAAGAUGUAGUGUUUUGGAAAUAAACAGCCUGUGGAGGGAAGACAGUGAAUGCUGUUAUAUUAAUAAUUAAA